AUGUCAAUUAGCCAAUUCAGUGUCAAGAGAAAUAUUAAGGCUGGCUCACUAUCAAAAGUGGUAUUCGCGGUGCGCGAACAUGAUAACCAGAGCUUUAUAUUAAAAAUUGUUCCCAAGACCCUGCUGCAUGAUUCGAACUCCCUUCCAUUUAGAAUAGGAGAACGGAGUUUCCCAUUUCCAAGUGAAGCACUUAUCCUUGAAAAACUGAAACACCUUGAUUGUUGCGUGAAGUUAUUGCAUGUCAUCGACGACAAUGAUUCCAACGCUUGGGUUUUAGUUCUUGAGGAUCUAACGCAUGAAGGCUAUGUGAACCUUGCCGAAGAACUGGGGCUAAGAAAAUCAUUUGAUGAAGCUACGGUUUCUUGGAUAAUCUUAGGCUUGAUAAAAUGCAUCAGUGACAUUCAUUCCUUGGGAAUCCUGCACUGCGACAUCAAGCCUGACAACAUAUUCAUUAAUCAUGCUACAAAGUCAGUUAAAAUUAUCGACUUCAAUGUUGCAAUUGAUCUUCGUAAUUCUGAUCCAAAAACUUUGAAGCUUCCUUACUGUACUCCGGAUUACGCACCACCUGAGAUUUUAAUCCAUCGAAAUCCCUGGUCUACUUCCAGUGAGGUUUGGUCAGUUGGAUGUACUGCAUUUGUUCUUCUAUGUGGAAAAUUUCCUUUCAGCAAUCCUUGGGACUCUUUACAUGUGAAUCCUUCUUAUCCACUUUCUACCUCUCAGGACUGUGAUUCUGUUAUCUCUUACGCUCCUAACCAGAGUGGCCAUGGUGACGUCGUUAUUUCUAACAAAGCACUUGACUUUUUACACAUCACAUUGUGUCGAAGCGUCCAACACAGACCGUGUCUCGAUAAAUUAGCCCAACAUGCAUUUCUGAAGUUGGGUGCUUCAAAAUCGAAGUCAAAUUCGCGGUCGUUAUUCCUUCCUUAUUCAUCUAGCGCCAUUAAUUUUGUCAAGGCCUAA